GCCCCCGCCCGCCGACCGGCCAUGAUCCCGCCGCCGCCCCCCCGCCGCGCGCAUGCGCAGGCAGCGUGGGGGCGCUGCGGAGGCGGACGGGAAGAUGGCGGCCCUGGAGGAGCAGCUCUCCGAUGAGGAGAAGGUGCGUAUAGCAGCAAAAUUCAUAAUUCAUGCACCCCCUGGGGAAUUCAAUGAAGUGUUCAAUGAUGUUCGGUUGCUGCUUAAUAAUGACAAUCUUCUCAGGGAAGGAGCAGCCCAUGCAUUUGCACAGUACAACUUGGACCAGUUUACUCCAGUAAAAAUUGACGGUUACGAUGAACAGGUUUUGAUAACAGAACAUGGCGAUUUGGGAAAUGGAAAAUUUUUGGAUCCCAAGAACAAGAUUUCUUUUAAGUUUGAUCACUUAAGAAAGGAGGCUACUGAUCCUAGGCCCCAUGAAGUUGAAAAUGCCAUAGAAUCCUGGAGAAAUUCAGUUGAGACAGCAAUGAAAGCAUAUGUGAAAGAACACUAUCCAAAUGGUGUAUGCACAGUGUAUGGUAAAACAAUUGAUGGACAGCAAACCAUUAUUGCAUGCAUAGAGAGCCAUCAGUUCCAAGCAAAAAAUUUUUGGAAUGGCCGCUGGAGGUCAGAAUGGAAGUUUACAAUCACACCUUCAACCACUCAAGUGGCUGGCAUCUUGAAAAUUCAGGUUCACUAUUAUGAAGAUGGUAAUGUUCAGCUUGUGAGCCAUAAAGACAUACAGGAUUCUCUAACAGUGUCUAAUGAAGCCCAGACGGCAAAGGAAUUUAUAAAAAUUGUAGAGGCUGCAGAAAAUGAGUAUCAGACUGCUAUCAGUGAGAAUUAUCAGACUAUGUCAGACACUACUUUCAAGGCCUUACGUCGACAGUUGCCAGUUACCCGCACCAAGAUUGACUGGAACAAGAUUCUUAGCUAUAAGAUUGGAAAAGAGAUGCAGAAUGCUUAAAACAAACGUUGCAUGACUGGAUCAUUUUAGUGUCCUUGUAUACAAAUAAAUUACAAAAAGUAUUUGGAACUGUCAGAUCAUCACCCAGUCAGCAUGGGCUUUUGCCAUGGAAAAUCACUGUAAGUAGUUUGGUUAGAGCACAAAGCUUAGCUAAUUGAUCUUUUUUUUUUUUCUUUCUUUUCAGAGGUUUGCAACUUCAUUGUAGCUGAGUAUCUUCCUUUAGAGUUUCUGUUGUACCUUUAUUUGUUUUUUAUAAUGAAGAAACCAUGCCUUUAGUUUUCAAUUACAAGUUAAGAACAGUUUGAAAAUAUUUUUGCAUAUAAUAACCCUUUCUCUUGCUUUCAUGUGAAAUGGACAACUUCCAAAAUGCGCUGGAUUCCUUGUGGAGAUCAGUAGUGUGCGUUUCUAGGUCAAGGUCAACAUGGAGUUAGCUAUAGGUGCUGUUGUUGAAAUCAUCUACCCUUUAAUUGUGUGUAAAAUUGAGAAAGCAUUUUCUAUGUUGUUUAAACCUUUCAGCAUACUUAAUUAGCUAGCUCCAUGUUAAUUAAACUUAAAAAAGAAAAGAAAAGGCCAAGGCCAAGGUCGAAUGCUGUUUCAAGAUUUUGAAAUUAAAUAAAAGUACUUAUUUUAGAAAUUCAUUUAAUGCUUUGAUCCUGACAGUUACUUAAACAAGCUCAAACUCCAUCUGCCCUUGAGUUUUUAUCAUAAAGCCACAAAUGUAUUAUAACAUGGCAUAUUGUAAUAUAUAUAAUCCUGUACUCAUUACCAUGUCUGUCAGUUUAUUUUUUUUUCUUGGAUUGAAAUGUACUAAAACUCAAUGUGACAUUAAAAUGCAAAUUUUCUAUUUA